AUGUCGUCGUCCCACCGAGAAAAUGGAGCCGAACAAGAACAGGGCAGAGCUGCGCUGGUCUGUCUGACCUGCAAGUCAGGCAAGCGACAGUGCGAUAAGCGACUUCCAAUCUGUUCUCGAUGCGGAAAACUAGACAAGCCAUGCGAAUACCCAACGGCCUCGCAACCGGGACCUGUUGCUCAGCCGAUCCAAUCAGGGUCAUUCAUGGAGAGGCUCUGGCCUGAUGCAUGUUUCCGGUGUAGGGUGCAUAAACGUGGAUGUGACCGCAUCAUUCCAAAGUGCUCCCGCUGUCUGAGAAUAGGAUCCAGCUGUACAUACCGAGCGACGAACCCGCGGCCCACGGUCGUUGUCCCUGGUGAUACUGAAGCAGGCACCUAUAGAGCCCAACUAAGGAUGGAUUCCGCUCCAUUGGCACAGACAGAACUAGGAGUGGCGUUCGAACCUCCUGUGAGGUGUCGCUCCUAUAUGUUGCACUUAAUACAAUUCUUUCUCACCUCUAUAGCUUUACCCUCGGAUACAGUGGUGGCUUACAGUCUGGCACAUCAUCUCCGUUCUCAAUGGAUGCAACACGCUAUGUCCGAUCCCUGUCUAUUCCAUGCCACACUGUUCAGUGCAUCCGCAUCGAUUGACAUGCUGCAAGACCAGCAGCAUAGCGCACGAACGCUGUACCACCACACCUGGGCUAUCCGCUUGAUCAACGAACGGUUAGCACAAACAGAGCCAGUCCUAGACUAUGGAACUCUGGGAGCGGUAGUACCCUUGCUAUAUUACAACAUGCUUGCACUUGACCGAGAUUCCGCGGUUGCGCACCAGAAAGGCCUGGUGAAGAUGCUUCUUGCGACGCCCCAAUCCUUUCGAGCCGACAUAGGACCCCUGAUUGCCAUUGUCAAGAUUGCCAUGCUCUCGUUCGCCUGCAUAUAUGACGUGCUCCCUGUCUGGGACUGCUUAUCCUCUGAAUCAGUUCGCCCGAACACCAUCCUUCGGAAUGUCGUGUCGAGGGCCACCUUGGGCAACGAUGAGUCGUCUUUCGAGAAAGAGACUGCAGAUGCAAUAUUGGACGUGUACGAAGCCAUAUCACGGCUUGAUUAUAUAGUCCACGGCGAACGCGGUAGUAUUUCUGCUGAAGUUGAGCGUGCGCUCUCUUCCGCAACCACGAAGUCUUGGACUGGUAGGCCCGAAUCUAGCCUCCCCCUUACUCCGCCAGAGACGCUUAAUGUAUGCUGCCAAAUCUGCUGCGAAUUGUUCUGGAAAGUGCUUCUACGAUCAUCGCACUCUCAACGAGCACCAGACAUGGCUGGAGACCAUGCAGUCCGGCAGCUUCUAAAAUACCUGUCGCAAAUAGAGCCGUUAUACUGGAUCCGCAACGCUCCGGAAGUGUUCACAUGGGCUGCCUUUACCGGCGCGGCUGCGUCGGAGCACCAAGAUACGUGCGUUGCUUUCAUCAGCAAAGCGGGAACCAUAUUGACAGCCAUCGACGACGGAGAACUGACUCUUAUACGGCAAGGGUGGAGGUAUUUCCGCCUGCUAAAAGGUCUUGCUGGAGAUGAUAACUAG